UCAUAGUAUUGAUCGAUAAUUUCAUGGUGUGUUGAUAUUUGUAUAUAUUCAAGACAGUAUACGCACGAAAGAAAGCGUUAGAGGCGUGAAAAAAUCGACCAUAACAUAGUUGCAAUGGAGUCCUUGGAUGAGCAACUAAAAGAGUUCUUGGUUUUAAAAGAUGAGAAACAUACUAGUUCGGCGUAUGGAUGCAUCGACCAUGGAAAAGUUUCAGAGUUGGUCGGAAAACUACGACAAAAACAAUGCGAAUCUCUGAAUAAAAAAAUUGCUCCAUCUGUACCUCCAAAGCCGUCGAAGAAAAAUUUCGAAAUGCCGCAGGUUCCAUCAAGUAAGCAGGUUUCUUGUUCACGGGAACCUCUAUAUUCCCAGCCCUUAAUGGGAGUGGAUAAGACAAUAAAUGGGCCAAUUCCCCUUAGGAAGCCCGCCAGUACUGAUUGGGAAAAGUCUGAAAUUCAAAUGAAUAAUAAAACCACAUUGGACAAUCCAGCAAUACUAGAACAACAAUUAGAAGCUCUGGCCUACCACAAACUUCAAAUGGAAAAAAAAGGUCUUUUAGGAGUACAGAGCCAGCCUGAAAAAUCUGCGAUCAGCUUCUUAGAGACCAUGCCUAACAAUACAGAGAACUCGAAACUUUUCCCGAAGGAUUCAAGAAAUACCUAUUUAAGCAUUCAUAAAGAUGUCAAACAUUUUCGUCCUACCUUGAGUUCGCCUCAACAGAUGCUUUCCGUCUGCACUAACUUAUCUUUAGAGAACAAUGUAGAGGACGACGUUCCGCCACCUCCUAGCCCCGAAAGCGCUGUGAGCUCUUCAUAUAGCGAGCUUCGACGAGCCUCGACUAGCGCCUUUAACAAACAAAUUGAUUCUGUGCAAAAUAAAGAAGUACCAAGUUCUUUAUUACAAAUAUAUGCUAAUCAGUAUGCGCUGCGAAAUAGUGCAACAAUUAAGAGCUCUUCUACUUAUGAUUCCAUAUAUGAGCCCAUCAACCCUCGCCCUGCCGGAGAUAUGAUGCCUCGAGAAAGUUGUAACCCAUAUGGUUCAUACGCUAACGAUAAUAUUAUGCCAAGAACUUCUUCAAAUUUGAGUAUUAUGAAUCCCAUCGAGGCAAGCAAGUCGUUAUAUGCUCUCGGUAAAGCAGAUUGUUUCACAGAAAGCACUCAAAAAAAUACAGGGCAAGGUCUAAGUAACUACAUCUCAAUAGCUCCUGAAUCAAUACAAGAACUUGAAAACUAUGGUAGGUGCGUUAAAUGCAAAUCUCGUGUCCUUGGAGAAAGCAGUGGGUGUACGGCUAUGGAUCAAAUAUACCACAUAUCAUGCUUUACAUGCACGGAAUGCCAAAUUAACUUGCAGGGCAAACCAUUUUAUGCGUUAGAGAACAAGCCAUAUUGUGAAUUUGAUUAUUUGCAAACACUUGAAAAAUGCUCAGUUUGCAUGGAGCCUAUUUUGGAGAGAAUUCUCAGAGCUACUGGCAAGCCCUACCAUCCACAAUGCUUCACAUGCAUUGUGUGUGGUAAAAGCCUAGAUGGGUUACUAUUUACAGUAGAUGCCACUAAUCAAAACUAUUGCAUUACAGAUUUUCAUAAAAAAUUUGCUCCUCGGUGUUGUGUCUGCAAGCAACCAAUUAUGCCAGAUCCAGGACAAGAAGAAACGAUCAGAGUGGUGGCAUUAGAUCGAAGUUUUCAUCUAGAGUGCUAUAAAUGCGAGGACUGCGGGCUCUUACUGUCAUCAGAAGCUGAAGGACGCGGAUGUUAUCCCUUAGAUGAUCACGUUCUGUGCAAAAGCUGCAAUGCCCAACGUGUUCAGGCCCUGACAAACCGCAUGACAUCGGAAACUUAAUUAGCGAACAACACACAUAUUCUGCAUAUUAACUUUUUUUAAUAUUCAAAUAUGUAUUUAAAGAUAAUCAUGUAGUUUUAGAGUUUUGGUAAAAAAAAAACGCAUAGCAUCUUAGAAUUUCAUUAACAUAA